AGAAGGUAUGGCGGAAGCUGUCAGCUCAAGCAGGGACUGCCUUCAAGCAGGUGAGUCCUGUACAAACGACCCCAUCUGCAGUGCCAAAUUCAGGACCCUCCGGCAAUGCAUCGCCGGCAAUGGAGCCAACAAGCUGGGCCCCGAUGCCAAGAACCAGUGCCGGAGCACUGUGACGGCCCUGCUCUCCAGCCAGCUGUAUGGCUGCAAGUGCAAACGAGGCAUGAAGAAGGAGAAGCACUGCUUGAGCGUCUACUGGAGCAUCCACCACACAUUGAUGGAAGGCAUGAAUAUACUGGAGAGUUCCCCUUAUGAGCCGUUCAUCAGAGGCUUUGAUUACGUCCGUCUGGCAUCAAUCACUGCAGGGUCUGAGAAUGAAGUGACCCAGGUGAACCGGUGCCUGGACGCUGCCAAAGCCUGCAAUGUGGAUGAGACAUGCCAGCGGCUGCGGACAGAGUACGUCUCCUUCUGCAUUCGACGCCUGGCCCGGGCCGACACCUGCAACCGUUCCAAGUGCCACAAGGCCCUGCGCAAGUUCUUUGACCGUGUGCCACCAGAGUACACGCACGAGCUGCUCUUCUGUCCUUGCGACGACACAGCCUGUGCCGAACGCCGGCGGCAGACCAUCGUACCUGCCUGCUCCUAUGAGUCCAAGGAGAAGCCCAACUGCCUGGCACCUCUGGAUGCCUGCCGGGAAAACUACGUCUGCAGGUCACGCUAUGCGGAGUUCCAGUUCAAUUGCCAGCCAUCGCCGCAGGCUGCGAGCGGCUGCCGGAGGGAGAGCUAUGCUGCCUGUCUGCUGGCGUACACAGGGAUCAUAGGCAGCCCCAUCACACCCAACUACAUUGACAACUCAACUUCCAGCAUAGCUCCCUGGUGCACGUGCAAUGCCAGCGGGAACCGGCAGGAAGAGUGCGAGAGCUUUCUGCACCUCUUCACCGACAAUAUCUGUCUCCAAAAUGCCAUUCUGGCCUUUGGCAAUGGGACCUACCUGAAUGCAGCCAUGGCCCCAUCCAUCCCCCCCACCACACAGAUGUACAAGCAGGAGCGAAAUGCCAACAGAGCCGUGGCGACCCUCAGAGAGAACAUCUUCGAGCACCUCCAGCCCACCAAGGUGGCCGGAGAGGAGAGGCUCCUGCAGGGCUCCACUCGUCUGUCGUCAGGGACCUCCAGCCCAGCAGCUUCCUCGCCCUGGGCAGCCUCCCCGCUGCAGAUGUGGCUUCUUCCCGCUCUUGCAGUGCUGAGCCUCUUUGUGAUGUGA